GGUGACGCUCGAACACUCCCUCAACAAGCUGGUACUUCCUCAUUCCUGCACACACCUAUAGACAGACAUUCUUCUUAUAGGUGGUGUCUCCGAGGUGUCUCAGUGGGGUGAGGGUACUCUCUGUGGCAGGAUCAGUGGCACGUGUCUUCUGGGCGACUUCUGGUGGGACCGGUCUAUUUCCUGGGUGAACAGGUCUGGUGAGACCGGUCUAUUUCCUGGGUGAACAGGUCUGGUGGGACGGGUCUAUUUUCUGGGUGAACAGGUCUGGUGGGACCGGUCUAUUUCCUGGGUGAACAGGUCUGGUGGGACCGGUCUAUUUCCUGGGUGACAGCAUCAGCCCCAUGGCAUCUGGUGUGGGGAGCAGUGUUCUGGUGACGGGGGCCAACAGGGGCAUCGGUCUGGAGCUCGUCACGCAGCUUGCAGAGUCCACCAACCCGCCUCAGCUGAUCUUUGCUGGCUGUCGAGAACCAGAGAGAGCUAAGGACCUGCAAGAGCUGUCCCAGAGGCACCCGCAGAUGGUCAUCAUAGUACCACUGGACGUGUCGGAUGCGGCCAGCGUGUCGGCGGCCUGCCAGAUGGUCUCCACCAGGCUGGGGGAUGCAGGCCUGAACCUACUGGUGAACAACGCUGCUGUUAACCGUCCCAUUCCCGGCAGCCUGGCUCAGACGGGCGCCGACGACAUGAUGGAGGUCUACCGGACCAACGUGGUGGGACCCAUGCUGCUCACCAAGGAGUUGAUGCCUCAGCUGCAGAGGGCAGCAGCUCAAGGUUCAGAGUCAGGGUUGUCCUGUCGAAAGGCAGCCAUCAUCAACAUCUCCACGUUGAUCUCCUCCAUUGAGAAGUGCUAUGAGAGCUUUGGUAUGGCGCCCAUGUACCCCUACAGGACAAGCAAGGUGGCGCUGAACAUGCUGACUCGCUGCCUGUCAGAGGACCUGUGUAAGGACGGCAUCCUGGUGACGGCUAUCCACCCCGGCUGGGUCCAGACGGACAUGGGCGGGGCACAGGCUCCCCUGCCAACGAAGGACAGUGUCCGGGGCAUGCUGGGAGUGAUGUCAUCACUCACGGAGCAGCACCGCGGGACACUGCUGGACUGGAAGGGUAACAGCAUCCCCUGGUAGCAGAGGGACCCACCCAGACACAGAGGCCUGACCAACACUGUCUGUUCUCCCCUGUCAAGCUCCAGUGGGGAUCUCAUCCAGGCUUUCUGCUGGCAUGACAGGGCCUGUCUUCCCUGAAUAAAAACCAGCCUCAAUACA